UGUAAAAAAAUUACAAUUUUGUUCUAUUUAGGUGUUGCAUAUCACAUAAUAGUAUUUGGUCCUAAAUAUACUGCAAACAUGCCACAGUUAGGUAAAAGCGCCAAGAUGUUGCAGCACAUCAACUUCCGUAUGAGAUGUCAACUUCAAGAUGGCAGGACUUUCAUUGGAACAUUUUUAGCAUUUGAUAAACACAUGAAUCUUAUUCUUGGUGACUGUGAUGAAUUUCGGAAAAUCAAAUUGAAGAAUAGCAAAGCUGGCGAGAAAGAAAAGGAGGAAAAGCGUGCAUUGGGUUUAGUUUUGUUGCGUGGUGAACACUUAGUAUCCAUGACUGUUGAAGCACCUCCCUCUAAAGAGGACCGAAAUAAAACGCCUGCUGCAACUGCAGGUCCUGGACCAGGUGCAGGUAGGGCUGCAGGUCGUGGAAUGCCAGCUCCUGCUGCUGGUGCACCAGCUGGUUUAGCUGGGCCAGUAAGAGGAGUCGGUGGCCCAUCACAACAAAUAAUGGCACCCCAAAUGGCUGGACCUCCACAACAGUAUGGUCGUGGUGGGCCUCCACCACCAGGAAUGAUGGGAGGACCACCACCAGGAAUGCGCCCCCCUGGUCAACCUAACUGGUGAUGAUCUGUCUACUUGUAUGCUCAAUAAACAAUAGAAUGACUGUGUGAUAUUUAUUUCAAUCAUUUUGUGGACUAGAAAAAUAUCAUUUUGCAGAGUUGAGAUCUUGCUUGUAUUAUUAUACAACUGAGAUGGUGAUACUUUUUAGAAAAACAGUUGUUAUUCUUUUAA